AUGGCUUCCCUACAAAAUACAGCCCAUCUGGCCCCAGAGGUCAACCAGCCUAAAACCUGCGAUAUCGAGAAACAGCAUGAAGUCCUCUGUCCAAAUGAGUCCCAGGGAAAGAAAUCCGCAUUCUCAAGCCUCGGUCUACUAGAUCAAUUCCUUGCACUAUGGAUUUUUCUUGCCAUGGCAAUCGGCAUAAUUUUGGGCAAUUUUGUCCCAAAUACAGGGCCAGCCCUUCAAAAGGGAACCUUUGUGGGAGUUUCGAUUCCCAUCGCGGUCGGUCUCCUCGUCAUGAUGUAUCCCAUCCUCUGCAAAGUCCGCUUUGAAUCUUUGCACCAUGUAUUCCGAGAGAAGGAUAUCUGGAUCCAGAUGGCCUUUAGUCUUGUCCUCAACUGGAUCAUUGCGCCAUUUCUCAUGCUAGCCCUAGCCUGGGCCUUUCUACCCGACGAACCAGAACUACGAGAAGGCCUGAUUAUAGUCGGUCUAGCACGAUGCAUUGCAAUGGUCCUAGUCUGGACCGGGCUAGCAGGCGGCGAUAACGAAUACUGCGCCAUUCUAGUAGCCCUAAACUCAAUCCUGCAAAUGGUCCUCUUCGCCCCGAUGGGCCUAUUCUUCAUCAGCGUGAUAAGCGGCGACCCAGUGACAUUCGAAUACUCAACCGCAGCCGAAAGUGUCGCCGUCUUUCUCGGCAUCCCUCUCGGCGCAGCGAUCCUAACACGCUUCACGCUCCGCCGAAUCUCGGCAACUUGGUACGACAAUACAUUUUUGAAGUGGCUUAGUCCCUGGUCGUUGAUUGGACUGUUGUUUACUAUUUUGGUGCUGUUUGCGUCGCAGGGUCGGCAUGUUGUGCAUCAGAUCGUUUCUGUUGUACGUGUUGCUGCUCCUCUGAUUGUUUAUUUCCUUAUCAUAUUUUUUGCGACCCUUUUUGUUACUUAUCGGCUUGGGUUUGGGUAUCGGCUUUCGACCGUGCAGAGCUUUACAGCUGCGAGUAAUAAUUUCGAGUUGGCCAUUGCUGUUGCGGUCGCGGUGUUUGGGGCUGAUAGUAAUCAAGCUCUUGCUGCGACUGUUGGACCUCUCAUUGAGGUGCCGGUUCUGUUGGGCUUGGUUUAUGCUGUUAAGCUUAUUGCCAAACGAGCUGGUUGGAAGGAUUAA